GCUCUCUCCCUCUACGUGUCUAACAGCAGGCCAGCACUCCUCCUCUGCUCAGUAUGUCUAACCCUGCCAAAACAGAGAAUGUGUCCACCUUGGAGACUGCUAUGCAGCUGAUGAUCCAGACCUUCCAUAAGUAUUCUGGAGACGAGGGCGACAAAUACACCCUGAGCAGAGCAGAGCUCAAAGUGAUGCUCUCUGCAGAGCUGGGCAACUACCUGGGGAAUGCCCAGGACAAGGAAGCAGUGGACAAGGUGAUGGGGGACCUGGAUGCCAACAAUGAUGGAGAGGUGGACUUCACUGAGUUUGUUAUCCUGGUGGGGGCGCUCACCGUCGCCUGCAAUGACUUCUUCCUGGAGUACAACGACAAAGGGGAGAAGAAGUGAAACACACACACACACACACACGUACACUCACACAUGUCUAUGCUCUCUCGC